UUAUUUCUAAAAUUUUUUCAAUUUUAUCUUCACAAUGUGGACCUAUAAUUUUGAAGAUUUUUAAAUUUGAAUUGCAAAGAAAAAGAAGUACAAUAGCAGGGGCUAUAGAGUCAAAAAUUACAAGUUGUUUAAGAGGAAUUUGGUCUACUAAAUUAAGAUUAUCACCUUCACUUUCAAAGAAACAAUUACAAAUAGUUAAUUUUGAAAGUGAUUGA